AUGGGCCUCGAUAGUGAUCUGACCAUCAAGCUGGACAAGUUUGACAGGGGUGCAGUCAAACAAAGCACCAUCAACAUCAACAAGCAGCUUGAGUCGGCGCCAUCAAGCGCUAUAAAAUGGUGGAAGGUCGGAGCUCCUGCUUACCGUCAGAUGAAGGAGUUGGGAGAGAAUGGUUUCUCCAAGCCUGUCGAACAUCCUUCUGCCUCUGAUUUUGAGAUUCCUUCUCGGCAGUCCGGUCGGAUGAUUCCUUGCCGCCUAGUGAGGCCAGACAACAUCCAGUUCACCGGGAUCUACAUGCACAUGCAUGCUGGAGGAUGGGUCUAUAAUACUCACCGAUCUCAAGAUCACUAUCUGAGCAGUCUUGCCAGGCAAGCAUCGAUGCUGGUGGUUUCGGUUGGGUAUAGGCUCGCACCAGAACAUACCUUUCCCUGCGGUCCUGAAGAUUGCUACGACGUUGCGGAAUGGCUGGUGGAUGAGGCCGUGAAGAAUUUUAGUGUGCCGUUGCGAGUAGUUGCCGGAGAGUCUGCUGGUGCCCAUUUGGCAGUUUUCACCCUCAUUCACCUACUUUCGAGCCGCCCUGCCUUCAAGCUCUCAGGUUUAGUGGCGAAUUGUGGCAUCUACGAUUUGACACUUCUACCUCAGGUCAACCUGUUCAAACGGCCCAAGCUGGUCCUCGAUGGCGAGGCUAUGAAGCAAUUCACCGACGCAUUUUUACCCGAGAUACCUGCUGAUCAGCGCAAGAGACCAGAUAUUUCUCCACUCUACAUCGACUUUGAUGGUCUUGAGCUUCCGCCAGCACUCUUCACUUGCGGAACAGAAGACUGCUUGCUAGAUGACACAUUGUUCAUGAGCCUCAAAUGGCGUCGCACCGGUACUAAGACAUGUGUCAAGCUAUACCCAGGUGGUUGUCACGCAUUCCAGCUCCUGGAGCCGAUUUCGGAUGAGCUGGCGACUAUUGCCAUGUCGGAUCUGUCCCAUUUCCUCAAUGAAAAACUGCGAUAA